UUGUUUUGUUUUUUUUUGGGGGCCGUUUGUAGAAGAGAGAUUAAAACGUACCGUUUGGAUCACUAUUUGAUUCUGCUUUUAACCCACCGCUUCUCUACGUCUGAACUUUGGCUGUACUGAAACACAUUGCGAUAUGGCGUCGUCGUUGAGAUUAGCUAAGCUAAGGACCGCCGGAUUCAAUGUAUCGAACAUGUUAGGUUUCAACGGCAACCAUAUAGCCGCCAUGUCUUCUCCGCUGGAUAAAGCCGUAGGCGGCAAUAUUUUCUUGCCGGAGUUUGAUAGGAAGCCAGUUGAGGAUCCCAAUACUAACGUCGAAAUCGGAUUGCCCAGCCACUUAUAUGGUGGAUCCAUGGAGCUUAUGGCUGUCCCCAAGAAAAAGGUUUCUCCCCACAAAAGAGGCAUAAGAAAUGGCCCAAAGGCUCUAAAACCUAUUCCAGUUAUUAUUCGGUGCAAGGUGUGCGGUCGUGCCAAGUUGCCACAUUUCUUUUGUUGCAGUGGAGAUAGGGGAAAUACUGAUGGCACUUUGAUCAUAAGUGAAGCUUUGGGAAGAACUGCCUGAGAAGAAAGUGGUGUGGUAGAUGCUCUUUCCAAAGUGGCAAUCAAUGAAGCUUCUCUUCGGUGGCUUUUCAUCUUCCUAAUUUUUGUUUUGAUCACCAUGUUAAGGAUUUAUUGGGUGAUAAAUCUUUUAGAUUUUGUUAUGUUUUGGACUGUGGUACUCUUUUUCGUUUAUGGUUUUCCUCACUGGGGUUUUAACAAAGGUUGUAAGGAAGCCAAGUUUUGGGUAUUUCUAUGGUUUUACUUGUUCUC